CAGGAAACUCCCUCUUAUCUGAGCUCCUCCCGACAAUAGCCGGGCUGUUUUCCAUGUCACUGUGAAGUGAGACCUGGAGACAAACACAACGAUAACCAUGAACCAGACAGUCGAGGAGCUGUUAAUCAUCUAUGAGACCGAGGCAGAGCAAUGGGCCACCUACCUGCACUCAGUCUUCACCGGCCCGAUGUCAGAGGCCGGGAUCUGCUGCUACGACAUCACCACGGUGUCCAGCCGGCGGGACGACUUCCUCCGGCUGGCCCGCUACACCUGCAAGCUCCUGAUCCUUUCCAAGGGCAUGCUGGAGGGGAUGUGCCAGAUGAGGCGCUUCUUCCUGGCCCGUGUUCUGAGUCCGGCGGCUCAUGUGGUGGUGCUGCUGUGCGGGGUGGAGAGCCUGACGCCCCUGCUGGAGCUGGUGCCUCUGAACGGGGACGAGUGCCUGCAGAUCUCCAGUGAACAGGAUGCUCAGGAGUACCUGUCCACUGUGACGGACAUUGUGAAGAAAGGUUUGUCGGCCUCAGCAGUAAACGUCAACCCAUUGGCACGUAAACCAUCAGGAUCAGAGCAAAAGGCAGAACAAAUGCAGUCAGCUGGAGCCCACAGAUCCAGCACGGUGGUGGUUCCAUCCAGGGUUCCAUGCGGGUUCACUGUGCUGUCUGUUUGGCAGAGCUCUACGGAGGUGUUCAUUCUUUUGAGAAACGAGGCGGCUGGCAGCGAUGCCAAGGUUGAGUUCACCGGUGAGAAUCAGAUGCUGAGAGUGAAGCCUGCGCGCUGGAACGAGCGGAUCCUGUGUGUCAACGCACCAGAUUUUCCAGCAGGGAAUGUUAAAGUGACUGUAUAUAGCAAUGGAGUGCCACUGAGCAAGGCACAGCUGCAGUACUACAGCAACAUGGAGGAAGUGUCCUGCCUUCUGGCGAGGGCGGUGGACCCUGUGGAUUUCAUGUGUCAGGCUCUUCAGGAGUCCUCUGUGGAGGGGCUGGAUCAGAAGUUGACCUCCAUGCUGUUGGAGGGGAUGCCCACCGGAGGCUUCCAGGGACUGCAGUGUGAAAACACACCUAGAGGAGAGCUCCAUCAUGCAGACGUACCGUCACUCCUCCACUUCGCUGCCCAGUAUGGAUUCACGAGCGUCUCCAGCCUGCUGCUGCAGUGUCCAGGUGCUGAGCGAGCGCUGCGCACCGCCAACCGCCACGGCCAGACUCCCACCGACAUCGCCAAGAGUCACGGCCACGCAGAGCUUCACGUCUUACUGAGGGAAACACUGAAUAUGUUCGGCUCAGACGAGGACAAUGGUGAUGCCAGCGUGUACGAAAUGAUGUGCACCGCAGGGACUCCCAGCACCACAGACGUACAGAGAGAGCAAGGAGGAGGAGAGGAUGGAGAGGUGGAGGAUGAGGACAUCUACGCUCCUCUGGGGGUGAAUGAUGAGUACGACUCCAUCCAAAGCACCGCAAAAGCAGUGGCCAUUGCCAAUCGCCCACCUGCACCCACACCUCGGCCUGAGAGCACCCAGGUGAAAGAGGACAAAACCCCUUACAUCGCUAAAGUGUUCCAGAAGAAGAAGACACCUCAAGGUGACACUGAUCUGUAUUCACUUCCUACUAAACAAGCACGCGGGCGGGAGGACAGCGUCUCCUCCGCCUAUGACAGCUUCGUGCCCAACCAGAUUCCCGGGCUUCCGCAGAGGACGAAGGCCGGCUCGCUCGCCGUGAACGGGGCCCCGGAGCGGGUUCAGAAGAGGACGGACGCCGUCCAGCAGGAGAAGUCGAGUCAGAGAACCAGAACCAGCACCGUCAGCAGCAGAGUGGAGGACGACAGCGUCUACGACAAAAUCAACAUCGUCCAUCACACGCCAAGUGUGUCUGUGAAUGACAGUAAGAGAGGAGGCCAGGCGGCGGAGUCGGAUGUUUACAGCAAGCCGCUUAGAGGACACUCAAAAUUAUCGAAGGCGGACAAACGGUGAAGGCUCCGUCACUCAACAAAGACUUUAUUCUUCUCCUCUUCUAAUCACAUCAGUUUUACUCUGUUUAAGGACCUGAUAUGUAAAUACAUAAUAAGUAAUUUUAGUAUGAUAUAAUUAUUUGUAUUUCAAAGUAAUAAGAAAUGAUUUUCCACAUUGUUCGUUCAGCUCUGAUUACUGAAGUCACUUCUGGUUUAAUGAAAAAGUAUUCUCAUAUAUAAUGUUCCAUUUGUGUAACUUCACAAUUUACAGUUUCAGUAUGAUUUCUAUCUAAUUUUGUAAAAUGUCUGUGUGUGUCAGCUAAAAUAUUUGUUAAUCUGAAAAUUAAACAUUUAAAAUAAAGACUGUCUCUUCGAA